UAACUCGGGUCUUGGGCGAAUCAGUGUGCGAGUCUCUCUGCCAUUUGCGCGUCGGUACGCGACUACGCGGCAGUGGUGAUACCAGAAUUCUACGUCUGCUUACCGGUGCGUAAAAAACGCAGGCCUUAUUAAGUGCGUUUUGUAUCUAAGUGCUUUAUCGAUCAUACGAUUAAAUUGAUCAGCAUGGCGGAUACAGAAGCUAAAGACACCAAAGUUGUUACAACCCCAGAAAAGAAAGUAGUGGAGGAAGAAAAGAAAACUGUUCAAGAAGUUGACGAAGAUUCAAAAGCAUCUGAAAAUGGAGAUGCCAAAGAAACCAAAGAAAAUGGCUCAAACGAGGAAAAAGAGUUAGAGGAGAAAGAAGUAGAAUCAACAGAAAAUGGGGAUUCUACAGAUGCUCCCAUUGAUAGUUGUUGUAUAAAGAGGAAAUCAACGACUUUGAGUGAAACAACGGAAGAAGCUGCCACUGAUGGUGCCAGUCCUGAAAAAAAAACAAAACUUGAUGAGAAGAGUGCUGAAACGGAAAGCAAUGGAGAAGCAGAAGCUACGGCCUAAUAUUUUUUAUGUUUACUGCAGAUUUAAUCUAUAGAUGCAAUUUUAAGCUAACUGACAAGUCAGAACACCUAAAAUUUGUUAUCCAUGCAUCGUCAUGGUAGACGAGCAUUAAAAACGAAAAUUUCAAUAUUGUA